AUGAGCAGAGCGCUCUUCCGCCCCGUCCGGGAGCUCCGGGCGCCCCACGCGCCAGCAUCAGCCUCCCGGUCCGCGGCGGCGCUGCUGGCCUUGCCCAUACGCAGCCGGGCAUUCAACAGCACGCCGCCCAUCAUCGAGCCGCCAAACCGGCGGCACGUCAACAACGCCCCCAACCCGACAGACGACCAGGUCCGUCCCCUAGCCUUCAAGAAGAGCCACCCAGCGGCGCCGCCGGCCCCCAUCCAAGACUCGGUCAGGAACCUGCUCCCCUUGCUCGCAGCACAGCCAGGCCACUACAUCACCGUCCACAUCCACGGCUUCCCCUACCUGGUCCAGGAGGGCGACCGGAUCCGGCUCCCGUUCCGCAUGCCAGGCGUGCUUCCGGGCGACGUGCUCCGUCUCAACAGAGCCAGCGUGAUAGGCAGCCGCGACUCCACGAUGAAGGGGGCCCCGCACAUCGACGAGCGCGUCUUCGAGUGCCGCGCGACAGUGCUGGGCGUCGAAUCGGAACCGCUGCGCAUCAAGAUCAAGAAGAAGCGGAGACAGAGGCGAAUGAGACAGGCCAAGAGCAAGCACCGAUACACCAUCCUGCGCGUCUCGGAGCUGACUAUUAAAAAUUUCGAACAAGACCAAGACCCAGAGUAG